AAGAAUCUUCCAUAUUAAAUUAAAUAAUAAAUAAAUAAAAAUUAGGUGACGAUUAAUAAAACGGAGACUAUAUUUGAAACGGGACUCUUUCGAUGACUUAAAUUGCUUGCUCCGGCAGAGGAUUCCAAAUUGCUCAAGGGCGAAACCCCAUUCCAGUCGCAGACCAAAAGAGAGAGGGAGGGAGAGAAUGUCUGGAGGAAUUGCGCGUGGCCGUCUUGCCGAGGAGCGUAAAUCCUGGCGUAAGAAUCACCCCCAUGGCUUUGUGGCUAAACCGGAGACCGCUCCAGAUGGGUCCGUGAAUUUGAUGAUCUGGCAGUGUAUCAUCCCUGGCAAGCCUGGGACUGAUUGGGAAGGUGGCUACUUUCCUAUUACCAUCCAGUUCAGUGAAGAUUACCCUAGCAGGCCCCCAAAGUGCAAGUUUCCACAAGGUUUCUUCCACCCAAAUGUCUACCCCUCUGGAACUGUGUGUUUGUCAAUCCUCAAUGAGGACAGUGGGUGGAGACCAGCCAUUACUGUAAAACAAAUUCUAGUGGGCAUUCAGGAUCUGCUGGACCAACCCAACCCUGCUGAUCCAGCACAGACCGAUGGCUACCAUCUCUUCAUCCAGGAACCAGCUGAGUACAGAAAAAGGGUGCGGCAACAGGCCAAGCAGUUUCCCCCUCUUGUCUAGCUUUAUGCUUGCUUUUGCUGGAUAUGUUUAAAUUAUUUAACUGGUUCCAGAAUUCUAAGAUUGGACAACCUCAUUAGAGGGAUUCUCGCUGUCUUUUAAACAUGGCUAUAGGUUAUUUCUUUAAAUGUAUAUUUUAUAGUGGAGUUGGUGUUAUUGCAUUCCGUUUUGGAUGAAAUACUUCAAAAGUCAGUUUUGUCACUGGCAAGUAAAUUGAUACACUUGAUCCCUUGUUUUAUUUUACUCAA